CCUUCGGGUUUGUCACUUUUCCUGGAGGUGGCUCCUCAAGCCCUGCCUUUCCCCCCCCACCCCGAGACUACGUCCAGAGAGAGUCAGUCUCCCUACUAAUUGCAUGCUGCAAUUAUUCAUGGAUAGAAAACGAAAGCCAGAAGCCAGUGCAAGCAAAGAACUACGCACUUAGAAGCCGAACCCAAGAAAGGCAGCACUUUGCCCCGGAAGCGGAAGUGCAUCUUUUCGUGAAAGGCUGGUCUACGCCGAGUGAUGACGUCUCCUCAUUGGGCGGAAGGUUCGGUGGCAAGUCGUCGGUCUUCCAGCUGGUGGGAGUUGGCUUCGCGGGCUGGGCGCAGGGACCCUAGUUUAUGUAGUUGGGGGAGGUCAGGUUGUGGGGGCGAACCUGUCUGGCAGCUCCCAGUUUUCCCGAGUUUCCUCCUCCGGUGUGGGGCCUCGUCAAGGACUCCCCGGCCCUUUUAGGGCUACGGCGUUAGUGGUGCUUCUCCGAGUUCUUAUAAGUAUACCUUAAAGCCUUCAAGAUGGUUCUAGCAGACCUUGGAAGAAAAAUAACAUCAGCCUUGCGCUCAUUGAGCAAUGCCACCAUCAUCAACGAGGAGGUACUAAAUGCUAUGCUAAAAGAAGUAUGCACAGCAUUACUGGAAGCAGAUGUUAAUAUUAAACUAGUGAAGCAACUACGAGAAAAUGUGAAGUCUGCUAUUGAUCUUGAAGAGAUGGCAUCUGGUCUUAAUAAAAGAAAAAUGAUUCAGCAUGCUGUAUUUAAAGAACUUGUGAAGGUAAAAUUAGCAUACUUUUACCAGAGGAAAGGUUGGAAGACCUGUUUGAUAUGUGCAGACACAUUCAGAGCAGGUGCUUUCGACCAACUAAAACAGAAUGCUACCAAGGCACGAAUUCCAUUCUAUGGAAGCUAUACAGAAAUGGAUCCUGUUAUCAUUGCUUCUGAAGGAGUGGAUAAAUUCAAAAAUGAAAAUUUUGAAAUUAUUAUUGUUGAUACAAGCGGUCGCCACAAACAGGAAGAUUCUUUGUUUGAAGAAAUGCUUCAAGUUGCUAAUGCUAUACAACCUGACAACAUUGUUUAUGUGAUGGAUGCCUCCAUUGGACAGGCUUGUGAAGCCCAGGCUAAGGCAUUUAAAGAUAAAGUUGAUGUUGCCUCAGUUAUAGUGACCAAGCUUGAUGGUCAUGCAAAAGGAGGUGGUGCACUCAGUGCAGUUGCUGCCACAAAAAGUCCAAUUAUUUUCAUUGGUACAGGGGAACAUAUAGAUGACUUCGAACCUUUUAAAACACAACCUUUCAUCAGCAAACUUCUUGGUAUGGGUGACAUUGAAGGACUGAUAGAUAAAGUCAACGAGUUGAAGUUGGAUGACAAUGAAGCACUUAUAGAGAAGUUGAAACAUGGUCAGUUUACGUUGCGAGACAUGUAUGAACAAUUUCAAAAUAUCAUGAAAAUGGGUCCCUUCAGUCAGAUCUUGGUUAAAUUGGACAGUACAGAUGGUGCCAAGGUUUUUAGUAAGCAACCAGGAAGAAUCCAGAGAGUAGCAAGAGGAUCAGGCGUGUCAACAAGAGAUGUGCAAGAACUUUUAACACAGUAUACUAAGUUUGCACAGAUGGUGAAAAAAAUGGGAGGCAUCAAAGGACUUUUCAAAGAGUACAGAUAA